GAGGACGAUGGACCCACUCCCUUCCGGCAACCAGUCAGGUCGAUCUUUGGCCGUACGAGGCCGAUCUGACGACCAGGAGAGGCCAAGGGGUGGACGGUAUGAAAUACCGUCCGCCCAUGUCCGGCGUUCCUCGUCGCGCGCGGCUUACCGAGACGCUCGAAGCGCCGCCGGUUACCGUUCUGCACGCCCGGCGACCGGACCUACACGUUCCCGCAAUUGCUCGAGCGCGGCGUGCGGGUGCCGGUGAGGUGUCUGAUGGGAGCCCCUGCCCGCCUAACGGGUCCAUGUCUUCUCCCGGCGCGGGGCGCCACCGGCGCACGCGUUUGCGUGGCGCGGGAUGGGGACGCUCGAGCUCUGCGACGACGAUGGCAACGGAGCUUGGAAGCACACGGGUGGGAGUCGCUCCGACGAGGCCGUCCGGUGCAGGGUGUCGGCCGCGCGCGGAUGGGUGUCCCGUGUCCGAGGAGAUAAUGGAUGGAGGCGUUCGAGACGCGGGCGGACGUGCGCAGCUCCGCUGCGUUGACGCCCGCAUGGGCGCGCAGGACGGGCGGCGGCGACGAGCGUCGCCUCCUGCUUCUGCCGAGGAGAUGACUUUGUGUGGUGCUUCAGGUCCAGUACGCGUCCGGCGCGCGCGUACGAGCGUCUCGUCGCCGACCACGUAGCCGCGCCCGCGGUGCCCGUGGCGCGGAGGCGCGGGCUCGCGCCUCGCGGUCACCGCGAUGGUGUCGCAGGAGGAGGCCGCGGCGGCGGCUGUCGAGGAGGAGGAGGUCGCCGAGGGACAGUUGCUAGAGCAACACGAGGUCGCGGAACAAGAGCAGCCGAAACAGGAGAACGAUGGGGUCGUCGAGGCCAGCUCGGACGACGGUGCCUCGUCGGAGGCGCCGAGCACCACCACCACCCAGCUGUACUUUGGGAACCUGUCGUACAACUGCGACAGCGCGCAGCUUGCCAGUUUGCCAGCCUGGAGAUGGUCGAGAACUUCCAUGUUUGGUGCUGUACGAUCGUACCACGGGAAGAAGCCGAGGGUUCGCCUCCGUGACAAUAACCACAGUUCAAGACUGCGAGCUGGUCAUCAAGAACCAUAGUUCAAGGGGCAGUGGGCAAUGGUCCAUAGUUUCAUCCUCUUGGAACUAGGGCUUUUCAAUCUGUCUAAAUUGUGAAAGUGUUUUGAUGGCUCCUCUGAUCAUUGGAGCACCAAUUUGGUGGAUCCAUGCACUGGUGCACAUUUGAAGCUGCUGUUGCGGAAAGCCUUGAUAGAGUCGAGUCUGAAAGCAUCAGCGGUACGCAGAUGGUCGUCGCAAUACUGACAGAUACAUCACCCUGGUCCCUGGGGAUGAAGUGUCUGUCUGUGUCUAGUCUCCACAAAUCACAAAACCGGGUGUUGACAAAACUCAUCAGUGCAUGCAUCAUAUGCGGAUGAUGGCCAUCAAAUUUGUUUCAGUUUACGCGAACUGACAAGUAAAUGGAUGUCGUUCUUGAAGUGAUUUGCAAUCUAUUCGGACAUAAAUGUUUCAAGUCACGGCAACCAUACAUAGGCAGAGACACAUUGAGUAACAUACAGCAUGAGGAGAGAUUUUUGCCCAGGAAAGAAAAAACAUCGCAAAUGGAGAGCCACAUGUGUUGUGUGACAUGUCCGGAUCUCGUUGGCGGCGCCAGGAGCCACCACCACAUCCUGCACCGGACACCUCCCCGCCACUCACUCGCCACGCCUCAGUAGUCCGUCCCCACGCCAGAGCGACCGUGGCACCAUGGCCAUCUCCACCGCCUGCAGCAUCCGCCUCCACGCCGCCCCUCCCUCUCGCCGCCGCGGCAGCGUCGUCGCCUCCGCCGUGCGGAUCGACAGGCGCUCGGCCGUCCUGCUCCUGCUGUCCGCGGCGGUGCCGGCUGGGACAGCUCCUCCGGCGAACGCUGCGGGCAUCGGGCUCUUCGGCAUCCGCAAGAAGCUGGAGCGGGCGGAGGAGUCAGCGGCAGAGGCUGUGCGGGAGGUGGAGGAGGCAGCAGCGGAGGCCGCGGCGAUCGGAGGGGAGGCAGUGAAGGAGGCAGCGGUGGAGGCCGCGGCGGUCGGAGGGGAGGCAGUGAAGGAUGCGGUGGUAGAGGCGGAGAAGGAGGCGAGCGAGGUUGCAGGUAAGGGACUGCAGCUGGUGGCCGGCGCGGAGCUCGCCGGGGACGGUCUGGUGCAGGCCGCGGUGGUCGCCGGCGCCGAGGCGCUCGGGGUUGUCGUGGGUCUGUCCGUGGUCAAUGGCAUCCUGAAGCCCGAAGCUUGACAGAGAGACAGAGCAUGCGAGUGUUGGGCCUUGUAGAUUAGGCUCAAUGAAGUGUCUGGGCUUAGUUAUUCCAGUGCUCUUGUAAUUUCUGACGAUUUUAUGAUGUAAAUAAGAGUGCGGAGGGCAGUAGAUGACUCACUUUGCCACACCUAUUUCUAUAUUCCCCCCUUCUUCGGAAUAAGAGGAUGGAUCAUGAAUUUGAAUUUGUAGCA